CUUUUAUUGUGUACACUUCCUCUUCCGUAUUCCAAACUGCAGUAGCCUACUAUAAUAUGGCCCAUCCAAUUGACCACCUGUGCAACAUGAAAUAGACAAAGGGUUCAAAUUGCCAAGAUGUCGAAAGGGGGGAGGCUUUCGAGGCUUAUCCCCAAGUUCUUUCGAAGUGGAAACAAGGAUAAAACAGAUGGCAAAUCUCCGGACAGUUUUGGACCAGUUUGUCUCAUGUCUUUUCUGGAUGACACUGAGCAAAGGGUUUCCUACAAGAAUAACUGGAAAGGUCAAAUGCUGCUGGACAUUGCUUGUGAUAUGAUCAAUUUGUUGGAGAAAGAUUACUUUGGCCUUCGUUUUGUUGAUGACACUGGACAAGUGCACUGGGUUGAUCCAAGCCGUUCUUUAUCAUCUCAAGUAAAAGGUUGUGCAUUACCUUUCAAGGUUUACUUCUGCGUCAAGUUUUAUGCUGCUGACCCUUGUAAACUCAAAGAAGAAAUUACAAGAUAUCUGUUUUUCCUACAAAUAAAGCGUGACAUUUUGCAAGGGCGACUACCAGUGACUUUUGAGGAAGCAUCAGAGUUGUGUGCCUAUGCUGUGCAAUCUGAACUUGGUGACUUUGUUCCUCGUCAGCACACAGCUGGUUAUGUGUCAGAGUUUUGCUUUGUUCCAAAUCAGAGUGAAGAGCUGGAAGCAAGAAUUGCUGCUAUCCACCGCAGAUGCAUUGGUGCUACUCCUCUCAUGGCUGAGCAUAGGUUCCUAGAGAAGGUGAAGUGGCUUGAGAUGUACGGGGUCGAUCUCCAUCCUGUUCAGGGAGAGAGUGCUGUUGAAUACUUUCUUGGCCUCACCCCAACAGGAGUUGUUGUCUACAAGCACAAAAUGAAAGUGGCAAGUUACUUCUGGCCCAGAGUGACAAAGGCUACGUUUAAAGGGAAGACUUUCAUUGUCAAGGUGAAGGAUAAAAGUAAUGACGAGCACACUUACGCUUUUGAGUUGUCUACCAAAGCCGCAUGCAAGCACUUGUGGAAAUGUUGUGUUGAGCAUCAUGCUUUCUUCAGAUUCAGCCAGGCCAUGGAUAAGGAAGCCAGACCAAGAAAAGUUUUACGAUCUUUAUCAAAUGCCUCGAGUCGUGGACGUUCAGAGCGGCUGGCUGCUGGAAAUGAUUUGCGGUCAUCUGGCCAGGAGCCCAGCGUUCUUCGAGUUCCCAGUCGACGUCAGCCACGAAGGGUCAAUUCUGAUUCAAGAUUAAACAACCAAGCGUACCGAGAGCCUUACCCGAGACCUGACGUUGGAAUGAUCACUUCGAUGGGGCAGCCAGAGCCGGUCAGAGCUCCUCGUCACAGGUCUUUACCAGAGCUGCAAGGAAGAGAGUCACCAAGAAGCGUUAAGUCUGCCCCAUGGGAGUCAAAGUUUGACCAUGGGCUGUACACAUCAGGCCACGACUCUCCCACGUCUGGACCCAGUGAGAGACACGUGCAAGGACGUCAUGGCCGAGCUGUGUCGGGCAGUGACAGUGAGAGUGGAUUUAGCCAGCGGAAAAAAUACUUUCCUGGUCGUAAAGGUUCAGACAAUGACAGCGAUAUAUCACCAUCCCGAAGGCGGAGGAGAGAGAUCGACAGUGACAGUGACUCUGAUGUGUCACUCUCAAACUCUGGUCAGGGCAGGAGGAAGCACAACUUCCAGUCUCCCAAAGAUCACAAUAAGAACAGUGUUCGCAUGUUAUUCCCUCUUACUGAUAAGGAAAACAGGCAAAAUGGCUCUAUCCCUUCCUUACACUCUGCACCAGCUGGCGAGGUCAAGCAAAGGAGAAGGAGAAGAAGAAGCAAGUCUCCGGGUAACACGAAAAGGCCUCCUGAGGAGUUGAAGCAACACAUUGAAUUUGAUUUGGUGGAGACGGAGGGCAUGACUGAGGAUCAGCUAAUGGAUAUUCCUUACACUAAAGUAGAAACAAAGGCUAGUCUUUUUAGAGUGAAGUAUUCCCCCAAGUUCAGACAGAAGAUCUGGGCGUCUCGACGGAAGAGCUUUGGGGAGGCUGAUCGAAAUUCUGAACCAAUGCAGAGGGCAAGAAGUGAUGGAGAGGGAAUCUCCAGACAAGACAGUAAUAAUACUGAACCAACGCGGAGACCUUCAAGGUACGACACCCAGUCUCAGCCAUGGGCGGAGGAUUUGAAUCAGCAGUCACCCUAUGGCCAUACUGCAAUGCCUUCAGCAGCGUCUCGGCGCACUACUGGGGACUUGCACCCUAGGGAUCAGCAUUUCCACCCCAGCGAUAACAGACGCAGUUCCCGUGUGUCCGGGUAUGCAUCUGAAGGCUUUCGCCUGCCAUCAUCUCACAGUCGUGACAGUUAUCCUCAUCCUGCAUGGUCUGCUCAUGAAGCUUGCUUGCCCCACAGACCUGCCAUCGGUGGGCAGCAGGGGGAUGACUCUAGCGACAGAGACACACUCGUGUCCUCACGGAGACAGGACGGCACUGCAGUGUCUGUUGUCUCUCCCUCCGCUCAUGAUCAGCGAGGACAGAUCUCGAAUCAUGAUGAAAUUCGAUAUGACAGGUCAAGAACUGACCUGAGUUAUGGUAGAAGAAAUAUAAUGCGGGGUACACAAUCUGACAAUGAGACUCAUCACUUUGGCUCAUCACAAUCACCUCAUCGCACGUAUAACAAAGUGUUACCCCUUAACCCUGCCAUAACCUCACCACCCUCUGCUAAUAACAAUAGACGUGUGUCCUAUUUCCCACCCAAUCAUUAUGAACAAUCACAUCAGCGUGAGCAAGAGACAGAUGGUUUUGCCUUACUCGAGCCGCCGCUACAGCAGCUUCAAGUCUCAUCCAAAUCAUCCUCUGCCCGCCCGCGCUCACCUUCAGCAAUAAGCUCAUGGCCAUCACCCGCCCCUGCAUCAUCUCACAGCUCAAACCAUCCUCCAUAUCAUCAUUCUAAUUCUCCACUCAUGUAUCAGAAUCAACCGUCAUCAGUUUCUAACGUUGGAGAUCCUGUGCAUGAAGAGGCUAAGUCUGUGAGACUAAGGUACAGGCCAGAGGGGCGUUACAGUGACCAGGGGUGGCAGUAUGACCAGCGAGCACCACAGCCAUCUCCCCGAGGGGAAGGCACUCCCGGAAGUGCACGCAGUGGGAGUCUACAAAAUGCACAACACUCUUCCAGCACUGCCUACCCAAACCCUGUGUAUUUCAACAACAACGAUGCUUCUUCUUCUUUCCACGGUAAAAACUUGGAGGACAGAGACUCGUACUCGCGCCGAGCGUAUCCCGACAGGAACACGAGUGACUUUUCUAGCCAAAGACAAGCACCUCCUCCAAGUUAUCGCUCUCCCCCCAUCUCAUCACCACAGCAGCAGCAGCAGCAUUUGUCCGGCACGAGCUCGGUGGGGAGGGCAUUAUCAAACCACAGCAGUAGGCCCCAGAUCAACCCUGCAGUGUUCAGUGGAGAUUUGCAUGGAUAUCGUUCACCCCAAGGCAGCAACUACCCUCAGCCUCGCCCAUCUCAAGAUCGCACUUCAUCUCCUGUCAGAGGAAGGACCAUGAUGAGUCCUCAGAUGGGUGGUUCCCCUCCGAGGGUCAACACGUCUCAUUAUGCUGGGAAUAUAAGAGAUAGCAGUCCUGUCAGAGGUACUCAAAGGUCUGUGACAUAUGAUUCGGCCAACACACCUCCAAGACAGAUGGGCACCGGUGGCUACUAUGAUCAUCACCACCAUUUUCCAAACUCACGGCAGGCCUUAGACUUCUCUGGAAACUCUGCCACCACACCGGCUCGCAGCCAGUAUCAUCACCUUGGGAUGAUGGACAGCGGUCACCCAGGCCAGUCACCAUCCAGUAGUGGCUACAGUGGCUCUCACAGCCACCAGAGUGGCACGCCUGCCAGUAACAUGUCUCCACAGCAGUCAAGAGAUGCAAACUCCUACAAUGCAAGAUUGUCUCAGUAUGAUCACCAGUAUAUGGCUUCCCAUCAAGGACGCGGUCAGUCUUCCCACAGCAACCAACCUUCAGGUAGCAGUUUUUCCUCUGACCGACAACAACAACUGGGCCAGCACAAUAUGUACAUGAGACCUCCUCACAUGGCUGCCUACAGGUCAGACUUAGUCACUGAACUGUAGGACAUGCAUAUCCCAAGGUAGUGUUCUCUUAUUCCAUUGUUAAAAAAACGGAAUUAAAUUGUUCUCCAUGACGGCAUUUUGUUACAUCUUUCAGAAGCAAUACUAUUUUAACAAAGAGUUGAGAACUAAGAGUGCAUGUAGGAUGAAAGCUUAACUGGUGUUGUAUUAGUGGUCAGUGUGGAACUGGUGUUAUGAAUGUGUUAGUGUUAGUGAUCAGUGUGUAACUAGUGUUGAGAAUGUGUUAGGGAUCCGUGUGUAACUUGUGUUAUGAAUGUGUUAGGGAUUAAUGUGUAACCAGUGUUAUGAAUGUGUUUCUUAUCAGUGUGUAACUAGUGUUGUGAAAAUGUUAGGAAUCAGUGUGUGUAUCUGUAAAAUAUAAUGAGGAGGAAAAAUCAACAUUAUGUUCCUAUUACUGGGUGCUCUAGUAAUUUGUCACAUUUUCUUUGGGACUGAAAAUGUUGAAAUAAUAAUUAUUACUGUGCUGUAAUUAGUUUGAACCUGUCUUCAUGUAUGUGGUCAUGGCCUAGAAUAUUGAUGUGUCACUAACUGAGCACUGUAAGGAUUAUUUUCUAGAAGAAAGCUUUGGACGGUUGAAGCAUCCCAUUUUAAUUGUUUGGGGGUUUUUUCCACUAUAUUGUGCACUGGCUUCAAUCUGUCUUCCCUUUUAUCAGUAUGGUAAAAUAAUGCUGAUUAUUGUAUGAGCUGUUGUAUGGCUGUAGCUGAACAGCAAGACCCAUAGAUAACAGGUUACGUUGUGCUCUGUUUUGCCAUAUAUAUGCCUUUUAAUUCUAAAUGUUUUCUUUUCAAAUGAGGUGUGAUGAAGAUCAGAUGAAAAAUAUGUUCUUUAUAUUCAAUUUGUGCUAAAGUUAUGUGCUGCUGGAAGUUCUAUGCAGGUAGAGAUUAUAUCAAAGGUAUACAAUGUUUGGACCAAGUUAGUUGCUGUUCGUCUUUAUGUAAUUUUUGCGUGGAUAUGUGUCUGUGUGCAUAGACACAAGUGUGCCUGAAGCCACACCCAGAUUUAGACCAAAUCUUCACAAAUGUGAUAAUAUUUAUUUACUGAUUCUUCAAAAUGGCAGUUGUAUCAAAAUGGUUACAAAUAUCAAAACAUGCUUAAUGCUUGUUUUCUUUUGAUUGUUUUCAUUUGAGUGUGGGUAUUUCAUGGGCUCUAUCCUUCUUUGAGUCUUCUCCUUCAUUUCAGUGUUUACUCACUUGAUACUGGGGGUUUUUUUUCCAAGCUGGAUUUUGAACACUAUAUUAUUCUGUUUUGAGGUCAUAAAAAUAAUGGUACUGAAGUUCUGAAUUCAUCGUACAAGAUAAAAUGUUCAUACAAAUGAGAAGAUAAUUAUGUUAAAGUGGACACAAAUACCAGGUUCCAUUUCACAUAAUUUUUUUUAUUUCGUUUUUCAUGUUUGGUCUAUUGAGCCAAUUUUGUCAUAUCCAGUUAUAGACCUCACUUCUAUCUUUCCCGUGCUGCCUCUGUUAAAUGCAGAAUUAUAAAUGUCUUUUCAAGAUUCCAACUUUUAUACUUAAGAUGAGACAAGGUAAUUAGCCAAAAAA